ACUUUUCCCAAAUCCUAACGUUCUCGAAAUCAGACCCUGUAAUUUCGAAUACAAAAACCCUAAACUCUCCAAAUAAAAACAACAUUGAUUCCUCAGAAGAAGAGUUUGUUUUAGGACAUGAUAAACAGUUCAUCAUCGAUAAAGCACGGUCCAGAUCAGCUUGAAAUAAGUGGCCCCACUCUCAAAUCACAACGUACCAAAAUGAGCAAACCUGAAGACUCUGAAAGGAAGAAUUUGAAUAAGAAACUUAAAGAUGUUGAAAUUAGUGUUCCCAUAGUGUACGGUAACGUUGCAUUUUGGCUUGGCAAAAGAGCAAGCGAGUAUCAAUCUCACAAGUGGACUGUGUAUGUUCGAGGGGCCACAAAUGAGGAUCUAAGUGUGAUAAUAAAACGUGUUGUUUUCCAGUUGCAUUCCAGUUUCAAUAAUCCCACAAGGGUUUUGGAGUCACCACCGUUUGAGUUAUCAGAGUCAGGAUGGGGAGAAUUUGAAAUUGCAAUCACGCUUUUUUUCCACAAUGAUGUUUGUGAUAAGCCAUUGAACUUGUGAGUUACUUUGCUUCUUAUUAUUAUUGAUUUACUUGAGCAUUACUUAGCAAUCAAUGAAUUCGUCCAGCCAAAUUUGGGCGAUGACAGUGUUUUCUGUAUUCUCAAGAAAAGAUUGAUGACGAAGUUACAAU